CAGAAUGUCAUCCCGAGCGGUCUCCUUAUUAUCUCGCGUGAUCUCACAGAAUCGAGGACUCGCAUCGCUACGAGAAACUGUUGGAGAGCGUGACGCCAGUUUGCUCUACGAGCCGAAAUUUCAAGAUAGUAGAGAGUUUCCAGAGUACAACACAAUUAACGUCCGAAUUCAAGGACACGACUUUGGAUCGCUAGAAAAAUAUCAAGCAUACAUUCAUAAAACUGCGAAACGAUUCGGAUUUACCGUGGUGGAUAGUUAUGCUGUCGCUGCUCAAACACAAAAAGCAAUCACCUAUAAGCCGUACUCGACGGUUUCCGAAUCUGAAAUUGAUAUGUCCACAUACGAUCGCGUCGUCCGUCUCAGUGAUGUUGCCGCUCCCCGAUUCUCACUUUUCAGUCAAAUUAUUCGAGCACAUAUUCCCAUUGGAGUUACUAUGACGGUGAAAGAACACGAGAAAGUUGAUGAAGACUCCCGAUAUAUUCCUGAUUUGUUAUUGAAGCAGAAGCAAGAAGAACUCAAAGCAUUGGAUGAUCCGAAUGUACGCCGCAAUCUCGGAUGGGAGUAAAAUUUAAUUUUUUAUUUAGUCUAUAACUUCCUAUAGUCAUUUAGUUUUCACUGUUGCUGUUGAUAAAUUCUUUUUG